CGCGCGCAUCACGCAUUCAUGCAUAUUCAUGAAGGGGGCGCGGGGAUGUGAUGCCUCUGCUGAUUAAUAGAAUUUCUGGCCAAUUUCAUGCCGCUAAGCCACACCCACCUCGUCAUGUGUCCAGUUCGAGACUUAUGAAUAUUCACUGAAUUCUAAAGGGGAGUUUCGCGUUUGCUGCGGGGACGCGCGAGCGAUGUGGAAAUGGUAGCAAGAUGGCGGCCCUGAAGGAGGAGCAGUGUUACGGACUGUCUUGUGGAAGAGUGAGCAAUGGCAGCAACGUAUCUGUCUUUCACGUUAAGCUUACUGACAGCGCUUUAAAAGCGUUCGAAGGCUAUCAGAGCAGUAAGAGCCUGUCUGCCCAUCCCUCAAUCAGAUUUUCUGGAAACCAAGGGAAAAUCUCUAUACCACGACCAGAAAGCCCCGAUGAGCUGCAGGCGUUUACCUUCUACCUGUCCCAUGUGGGUAGGGACAACCCGCAGGGCAGCUUUGACUGCAUCCAGCAGUACAUCACCAGCGACGGCAGGAUCCAGCUGGAUUGCUUAGGCUGCAUCCAGGACAAGAUCACUGUGUGUGCCACCGAUGACUCGUACCAGAAGGCACGUCAGAGCAUGGCCCAGGUGGAGGAGGAGACCCGCAGCCGGGGGGCCAUCGUCAUUAAGCCAGGCGGGAGAUAUGUGGGUAAGAAGGUCCAGAUCCGGAAGCCGGCCCCCGGCCUGUCUGACAUCGCGCCCUCGCGCCGCUCAUCGCGACCCGUCAUCAUCUCCAGCGCCAUGAAGAAGACGACCGCCCAACAGAGGCCCCUGCGGGAACGUCUGAUUCACCUGCUGGCGCUCAAGCCUUACAGGAAGCCGGAACUGAUCCUACGGCUGCAGAAAGACGGGGUGUCCCCGCAGGAGAAGGACACCCUGGACGGCUUCCUGCAACAGGUGGCGAAUUUGAAUGGAAAAGACAACACGUUUACUCUGAAAGACGGCCUGUUUAAGGAGGUGCAGAAGGACUGGCCAGGCUACACAGAGGGAGAUCACCAGCUUCUUAAGAGGAUCCUUGUGCGGAAAUUGUGUCAGUCACAAACAAAUCCAAGUGUUCCUGGGGAAAGUCCAGCAAGUCCUGGAAAAGAGCUUGCGAACUGCUCCCCGUCGCAGAAGCGACCUGCUGCGGAGUUCAUCGAUCCCCUGGCAAAUAAGAAGCCCAGGAUAUCACACCUGGCCAGUAAGGCGGCUGGACCCAUUAAUGGCAAGCUGAGCUCUUCCAAUGGGAAGGAGGUGGGCGGAGUCUCUUUGAUAAGCAGCGAAAGCGUGACCACCAGCUCCCAGCUGCCGCUCCUAGAAAUUCCGCGUCCGUUCGACCCGCUGUCUGAUGUCAGCAAUGACUCCAGCCACAACGGGAGGGACUGUGAGGGUCAGGAGGUGGCCGUGGCGGAACGCCUAGGCCAGCCUCCAGUCUCCGCCGCCGUCCCCCCGCCGGCGCAUGGAUCCUCCCCAUUCCGGCCCGGCGCACUUGGCCUCGGUGGGCCCCCGGAAGAGGUGGCCGCCGCCUCGCACCACGGAAAAUCUAAGAAAAAGUCCAAAAAGCACAAGGACAAGGAGAAGUCUAGGGAGAGAGAGAAGGCCGCUGAUGAGCGUGGGGUGGAGAUGGCGGGCAGCACCAGCAGCCCGCAGGACCGCACCCCACACGGCACCACUGCAGAUGUGAAUGGGAUGUGCAACAGUAGUAUUUCUGCAUCGUCAACAGACACGGCAGACUACUUAUCGAAGUACACAGCAAUCGCCUCUCAGGAGCAGCGGCAAGGCUACAAGAACGAUUUCAAUGCUGAGUACAGCGAGUACCGGGGCCUCCAUGCGCGGAUAGAGAGCAUCACACGGCAGUUCACUGUGCUGGACUCCGAGCUGAAGCAGCUCCAGCAGGGGACGGAUAAGUAUAAGACGAUCCGCAAUCAAAUUCUUCAGGAGUAUCACAAGAUUAAAAAGACUAAUCCAAACUAUAGUCAAGAGAAGAACCGCUGUGAAUACCUACACAACAAACUGGCGCAUAUAAAGAAACUUAUAGCAGAGUAUGAUCAACAGCAACUCCAGAACUGGCGCUAGUCGCUAGUGUGGGAUUUUUUUUUUUUCUUUCUUUCUGUGGAAACCAGAUGGUGAAACGUUGUCUGGAUUCUACUUGCUCCAAAAGUUCUUAUCAAAGAUGCCACGAAGGGAGAAUUCAUCCCCCCCCCAUUGGGGCCAAAAGCACUAUUGAGAACAAAAGCAGACUCUUUAUUUUGAAGAUGUGACUUGGCAGUUCAGGCCGUAGCCUGUCUGGGUAUCUGCCUCUGGAUAAACCUUGUGCAGUGUCUUAUUUCCUGGCCCCUGUAGUGCACAGAGGUCUCCAAUAGUAUGAAAGGGUAAUCUACAUCCUUCGAAGAUCUCCUACUGCCUUUCCAUGCGAGGAACCAGGGGAGGCGAUACCACUGAAAAGGGUGUGACGGAAUGUAUGCCAAAAUGCUAAUAGUUUAAGAACAGGAAAAAUGUAAUGGGCUAAAUAUAGAAUGAUGAAAUUUAUUUUUCCUCAUUUAUUAAAAUGAAAGGGAUUCUUGCUGAACACUUGUGAAUAUGUAUUUUAGAUUUUCUUCCUUAUUUAUUCUAUUUUGGACAUGCAUAGGGAUAAGUUCUGUUGUAAAUUUACACUCCUCAGUAUCAGUACUACAGUGUUUUUUUUUUUUUUUGUCUUCUCUUGGAAUGUGAGCCAGUCUUUUGUGCAAAAGCUGCCUUGGCCAUCAGUUGCCCAACUGUUGCAUUCAUGACUUUUUUUUUUUUUUAAGAGAGAUAUAAUUUCCCCCCCAUCCUUAAAUAAAGACAGCACUGUCAAGUCACUUGCAGGCAGAUGCCCAGCUUCUUUGGCAGUCAUUCUGUCCUGCCGAAUCCUUCCGCUUUACAGGAGAUUCUCUGAAUAGCCCUCUGAAGUCACCUUUUAUCGAUGUGGUUCAUAGAAGGUGUGAAUUCUCUCAAGGUCCAUCUAAUAUGUACAUCCACAACGCACAUAGCAUCCCUGAGAGACGUGUGCACCACCCUUCACGGUCCUACGAGCUGAGCCCACCCGACCCUUUGGUCGGUGGCGGGGGGGGGGGGUCACGGGUACAUGUCACUGUUUGACUGUUAGGCGACAUAGUUGUCAUUUAAUGGCUUUAUACUGUGAUGCAUUCUUAAGAUGUAUGAAUAUGCAAAGGUGAUACGGUGAAACUGUUCAGUGAUCCUGCAAAGCAUGGACAAAGUCUCUGUACUGCUCUGGCCAGCUCUGACAAUCUCUGUAUUGCACUAUAACAUCAACAUAUGAACGAUGACCCCCCCCCCCAUGCCCCCAUUCUGUGUCAGACUCCAUGCACUGAAAUGCGAUUUCAUCUGAAAAUGCUUCAGACCAAGACUUUAGCUUUAAAUUGUAUUCGUCUUCAUUCAUUGUUCCCACUUAAUUUGUACCACAGUGGCCCAUGUGGAACAUUGAACUUAACCUUUGAGAUUAGCACGUAAAGAAUUAUGCUGAAUAAUGUGCAGCUCAUCCUCCAUUUAAAAUGCAUGUAGGUUUGUGUCCAUUUGUAUUCUAUUGAUUGGGAACAAUAUACUUAGUGAGGCCCCCAGUCAAGUAUACUGGAGGUAGGGUCUCCCUGCCCCCUGGCGUUUAACCUAUUUAAGCUAAGACCUUGACACAUCAAGUAGACUCAAUGGCCUUAGCGGAAUAUGUGCACCAAGUUCAUUUUGUUCUUGACCGGUAUCAAUCAUUGUGAAAGGAGCUGUGUCCUUGUUCACCUGCAGUAUCUUUGCACAGGAUUAAACCGAUGGUCCUGCUCGACAGUUCAGUAUCAUUUUGUUCUGUUGUCAAAAUGUACAUAUGAAAAAUGUAGCACUUUGCUCAGUCUUGUUUGUAGUUGCGUUCCUCUGGUGAAAGACACCGUCCUAUUCAUCUCCGCAUUAUUCUUGUGCAUCACCUGUGUUUUUGUUCAAAGCAACCAGUGUUUACGUAUCUUAAUGGCGUAAAUUGAGGCGGUCAGUUGAUCAUACGUGUGAUUGCUUUCGCAGGGUUAUUCUUUUAAAUCUCUCUGACCAACGUCGUUUUGAUAAUACAUUUGAAUUUGAUCAAAGUCACUAAAGUAUCAGAGCAAAAGAUCUUUGACUCCAUCUUCUACUUUUAUUGAGGAAAAUGUACUCAGAUUGCCUCUAUUGUGAGGAAGUUCUACAGACAUUAGCUUGGCAUCUCUGCCGAUCACUCUGCUCUUAAGUUAACGGGCUUAAAGCUGUGAUAGGCCAUAAUUUUUUCUUCAAACCGCAGUGACGUAAGGCUUGACGUUGUCACUGACUGACUAAUGCUAGACUCGCAUCUUUCUAAAUUUAUGGCUCCAUCAUCUUAUUGAUUCUGCCCGGCUACUUUUAUCAUGAUAGUGAAUAUUAGAUUAACCAGUGGCAUCUGGCGAGCCCCCAAGUUUCAUUUCGUGAGAUCGAUCGUCUCCAUCUCAAUUGUCUAAGACCCAUUUUGAAUGGAUGCUAGGUAAGGCAUCCGGAAAGUAGGCAGUGUGGAUGUGAGCCUCUUCUGUAGCUUUUCCUUCGCAAACGGUGACACACACAACACUGAAUGAGCUGAAUGUGCCAAAUGACCUGUUGUAUAGGUUGUGUGCCAAUGCUUCUGGGGGGGGAGGGGCCUUGAAAAUUGUCGUAUUUUUAAUGCUAAAACCUAAAAUGGGAUUUGAAACGAGAAGGAACUGGGAGUUAAAAUGAUCUUGAUAUUUAAAUAAAAUUAUAUGUAUAUCAAAAAAAUCACCUUCGAUAGUCUGUGUUGUUGCUACAUUUUUAUAGUGGUUAUGUCUUGACGUAUAGAUACAGCUCCAGGGUUGGGAGGGGUCACAUCACGCCCCACUCGCCUGCAGUUCAAAGACAUGCAGUUCGGCUAAUUGGUGUUUCUAAAUUGCUCAUGGAGAAUGUGCUGUAAUUGACUGGCAUGCCAUCCUGGGUGUACCCCUGCUUUGUGCCCUCUGCUGCCUGGGAUCGGCUGCAGGUUCCCAUGUGAGCGUAUCCAGGGUGAUUAUUAAUUGGUGGGAAGGCUGGACACAUGGUAUACAGCUGCUGUCCUGGCUUCGGGCCAUCUAGUUGGUAAGUCUGUCUUAAAAAUCUGUAAUGGUCUCCUCCUCCAUGGCCAAGACUGCAGAAUAAGUGGCACUUAGCAGAUCUGCAAACGGUGGGCGGCACAGUCGCUUGCCUAAGCCAAGUUUUCAGGUUUUCAAGUCCCAUGGUGAUUUGUGUUCAGUGGUACUUGGCACUCAGUAAGACCUCUGUAAAUAAAGUGCAGGAUUGAAUUUGCCGAUUUGUGAUCUGCUGGAAAAUUCUGGUAGGUUUAACCUGAUUCCGAUUUUUUUUUUUUUUUUUUUUUUUUUUUUUUUUUUUUUCCCCCCCAGAUUAGCUGUGAGAAAUAUUUGUACACUCUAUUUUGGCUUUUGUCAGGAGGGUUGCAGCUGUUUGUGACUAAAGGUACAACUGAGUUUGAAGUAAUUACAACAGAAGACCUCAACUGUAAGCUGUUCCCUUUGUUGUAGGGAAACGAUCUGCUUUAAUGGGUAGGAAAUAAGUUAACCUCAGCACUGUAAGGGAGAGCUUUGCUGUAAACCAGGCAAGCAUUUUGUCCUUUAUUGGUAAAUUAAACCAAAUAAUGUUGUUGUUUUUCAUUUCCAGUUCAAUGCUGAGUCAUAUUUCAUACAUUGAAACCCACAGAUUCUGUUAAUACUGUAAAAAAAAAAAAAUGAUGAAGGAUCUUUAGUAGUAAUCUUUAAUAGUAGCAAUUUUGUCUCUCUGUUCCAGUUGUCUUAUGGGUAAAUCAGAUUCAGUCUGAAUUUGACCUUAAUUUAUUAAUAAACCACUGAUUUAUUUAGCGUCUGACAGUUUCUUAUUCCAAAUCAAUAUUUAAUGGUGCUCAGUAGUUUUAAUGCCAUUGAAAGGCACGUUCUAAAGGACUGGUGACUGACCUCAAACUAUUCAUACAAAUUCAUGAGACUAAAAUUACUUUGCAUCCUUCAUAGGCAGCUUUUAAUAGCCAUGUAGAUAUUUAUUUCCAGUCUGAAGGUUUCAAAUGUGCACAUCUGUGACUCCCCCGAUUUAAGUUAUCUAACCCUGAAACCCUUUUGUAGGUUCUGUCCAGUGUAUAGACCAUCUUCCACAUUAGUUCGCUGUAAUAAACAAUUCGGAAAU